AUGUCAACAACACCAUCAAAACGGUACGACGAAAAAAUUAAUACAGUGGACCGUCGACCACCAGUCAAGCCAUGCGAAGAACCAAAUCAUAUUUAUAUCACUAGAAAAACCAAUGUCGAAUCUCAAGCAAAAACCGCCGAAGAGAUGCUUAACAACUCAUUUGACGAAAUCUACAUCCAUGGAAUGGGUGCAUCUGUGAACAAAGCCUUGGUUUUUGCCAUGGAAGUUGAAAGGAAGUUUGGAGGAAGUGUGAAAUCUGAUAUUCAAACAUCAACUGUGCAGUGUACCGAUGACAUUAUAUCACUUUUGGACUUGGAUCAAACCGAUACUCGUCACCGAUCAGUUUCUGCUGUACAUGUUCAUCUCUAUCGUGCUGCCUCAUAA